UUCCAGGCACCCUCCACACCACAGACAUGUCCUGCUACGACAUCUGCCGCCCCUGCGGACCCACCCCGCUGGCUAACAGCUGCAACGAGCCCUGUGUCAGGCAGUGCGAGGACUCCCACGUCGCCAUCCAGCCUCCUACCGUGCUGGUCACCCUGCCAGGACCCAUCCUCAGCUCCUUCCCCCAGAACACCGCCGUUGGAUCCUCCGCAUCAGCUGCCGUGGGCAGCAACCUCAGCUCCCAGGGAGUGCCCAUCUCUGGAGGUGGCUUCGGAGGCUUUGGCCUGGGAGGCCUGGGCUGCAUCUCUGGCGGAAGAGCCUGCUACCCCUGCUAAGGGUCCCAUGCCAAUAUCCCUGACAGUAGCCUCCAACACCAUGCCAGCCAGCUCUCAGUCUGAGGACCCAAUUCCGUGCUGUCCAUGGCAUACGAGCUGACAAGCCACAGCUCGUCAUUCCAUGGCACAACAAAGCAAGCAAGCAAGGUAUUGGACAGCCCUUGCUGUCAGGA